UCGGAAACGAAACGAGAUCUGUCGUUGGAAGUCGAAAGAGUAGGAAAAGAAGAACUGGACAAAAGGGAAAUCUACUCCUCUCUAUCUGCUCCAACAAAUCCUCUCUCUCUCUCUGUUCUUUUGGGGGGAGGAGAGAGGAGCUUGUUUCUCUCAUUCUGACCAACCAUGUUUCCAGAUAGCCAUCUCUCGGAUGGUUUUGUUCACGCAACCGAAGGCUCUACAACAAACAAGCUCAGACAACACGUUUCCGUGCAAAAUCGUGAGAGCCCAGAUGGGAAAAUUGGCUACUCUGAAAAGGGUACCGAUUUGCUGCGCGAAUCAGAGUUGGGUAUUGAUGGGUUCCGUUCAAAAGCUUCUUCAAGAAUUGGGAAUCUGGGAUCGCAGGAGCUUACACUGAGCUAUCUCUGCGAUAAUUCCAAAAUGGGUUUCCAAGAGAAAGAUAUUUCAGGGAAGAAUCUAUUUAGUGCGUUGGACAAGGACAGGUAUAACAAGGGGAAGGAAGUGAUUUCGGAGAAUCCGAACGAAGAGGAGCGAUUGGUAGAGCGAGAUUUCCUGCAACUAAAUGGGGUUAGGGCUAUAGCUGCUGGGACGAAGCGAGAGCUCGACGAAGAAAUCGAAAGAGAGAAGAGGGAGAAGAAGGCGAAGCUAGACACACUUAAUCUCUCUCUAGCACUUCCAGAUGUGUCCCUCUCUCUCACAUCUUCACGGAAUGCAGAUCCUCCUGCUCUUCGCAAACCAGCCAGAAGCACUCAAUCAUUGGCUCCAUCGAACAACAAUACUGUCUAUACACGAACUGCGAGCUCUGACGAUUUCCCGGCUGCUUCGCUCUCCUAUUCUUACUCUCUCCCGUUCUCUCACAACCCCAGCUGCUCACUCACUCGCAACUCCACCGAGAACUACGAAUACUCAGUUGGGAGUCACAGAAGAGAUACUGACCAGUUUUGGAACUGUGGAGAGGGAACUAAUGGAUCAGUUCACAGUCGGUUCAGGCCUGUCGGUGAAGGCGGCGUUGCACUAUCGAAUCACGGUGGCGGAGGAGGCGCCGGUGGUUUUGGUCAUCAAUUGAUGCAGGGCAAUCGUCAGAUCAAUAAGGAAUCGUGUAAUAGUCUUUACAGAGCAACCACCUCUGAUAACCAAUCCUUCUUCCCAUCGGAGCUCCCGGCGAGGCUGAGGAAAGAUACUGCCUCCGUGGAUUCGAGAGGAAGAGCUUCUGGGCAGCAUUCAGACGGAGGCAGAGCAAGAAAGCUCACGAGGCCUGAGAGGAUUCUAUUGGAAAUUGUCUCUGAAUCUAUUCCUGUUAUGGUUCAGGUAAUUCAAGAACUCCCAGAUGAUACAAUCCAAUCCGCAAAGGAGUACUUGAGGAAUCUCAUUGGGUCGCCUGAGAAGAGAGAGGAAUUAGCUAAUCUGCAGAAUCGGCUUGAGAGAAGAUCGGACCUCACUUUUGAGACACUCUCUAAGUCCCAUAGAGAACAAUUAGAGAUCUUGGUUGCAAUCAAGACUGGUCUUCUGAAUUACGUAUCAGGGAAGAAUCGUCUGCCCAUGACCGAGCUUGUAGAGAUCUUUUUGCUCAUGAGGUGUCGCAAUGUGAAUUGCAAGGGCUUAUUGCCUGUUGAUGACUGUGACUGCAAAAUUUGCUCGACCAAGAAGGGAUUUUGUAGUGCUUGUAUGUGUCCCGUGUGUUUGAAAUUUGACUGUGCCUCCGAAACUUGCAGUUGGGUUGGUUGUGAUGUCUGUUCCCACUGGUGUCAUGCCUCCUGUGGCAUUCAGAGCAAUCUCAUUAGGCCAGGGCCCAGCUUGAAGGGGCCUGCGGGGACAACAGAGAUGCAGUUCCAUUGCCUUGGAUGUGAGCAUGCUUCUGAGAUGUUUGGAUUUGUUAAGGAUGUAUUUAUGUGCUGUGCAAAAGAUUGGGGUAUUGAGGCCCUGAAAAAGGAGCUAGACUGUGUCAGGAAGAUCUUCAGGGGAAGUGAAGACUUCAAGGGGAAGGUAUUGCAAAGUAAGGCAGAAGAGACUCUCUCAAAGCUUGAAAACAAGAUCAUUUCUCCCUCGGAAGCCUGUAAUUCCAUCCUUCAAUUCUUCAAGUAUGGCGUGCCAGAAACAUCAGGUUCUGGUGGCACUUCCAAGGACUUAACUUUGGCUCAAAUGUGUCAAAAAGGAGACGUGGUUUUGCUUUCUCCUACUUCUCCACCGUCAAAAUCUACAACUAACAACAUGAGCUCCUCCAGUGGAAGGCAGGAUCUGCUGGCACACGAUGUUAAUCAGAACAUUCUUAAAGGUGCUCUCAUGAGGGACCGGACUGUUGAGGAUGAGCUGCAGUCUGUUCGGAAGAAGGAUGGUUUCGACAGCCUGGAAAGCAUUGUGAGGAUAAAGGAAGCUGAGGCAAGGAUGUUCCAGAGCCGUGCGGAUGAGGCACAGAGAGAGGCUGAAGGGUAUCGGCGGAUGGUCCGUUCAGAGAGUGAAAAAAUGGAGGAAGAAUAUGCCAGCAAGCUUGCUAAACUGUGUUUACAGGAGACAGAGGAGAGGCGCAGGAAGAAGCUUGAAGAGCUGAAGAUCUUGGAGAACUCCCAUUGCGAUUACUACAAAAUGAAGCUCAGAAUGCAAGAUGAAAUCACAGGUUUGUUGGAGAGGAUGGAGGCGACAAAGAAGCAAUGGGUGUAAACACACUAGGUAUUAAACAUUUAUUUGAUGAUAAUGGGGGUGAGAAGCAAAUCUAAGGCGAAGACGGAUGUGAAUGUCAAUGGGGUAGGUUUAGAAUGCAAUAGGCGACGGCGGCGUGUAUUUGUUUUGAGUUGUUCACAUUGCAGAAGAUGCGGGGUGUAUGAAGAUUAUGGAUGCCAACUUGAAAUUGAGAGGGAGAAAAUUUUGUGCUUAUUAACUGAACA